AUGCAGGUGCCUUCCAAUGCUGGCAGAAGUGGUUCAGCUUACGAGUUGCAACUCGACAACGCCAUGUGGCUUUGCAUGUUAGACAGAAUCGAAAACAUCAUCGACCGCCGUUUCAAGUUUACGGGACUGAUAAGGGAAGCGAUGUUUCCAAUCCAGAUUGGCUACGCUCGCUUGACCCAGGGUACAAGCGAUCGAUUCUUCCAACAAGGGAACCGUAAGCUAGCCAUGCUUGGAGACACCAUCAUGAGAAGCAUCAUUGUUGAUGCCUGGGCACGCUAUGACGAGACUGUUUUGUCCCUCGACCGAAGAGUUGCAAAGACUAUGUGUAACAAGAAUUUUGUGAGACAUGCUUAUCGCCUUUUCAUUGAUCGUUUGGUCGUUGGCUAUUUUCCUGACGGCAUACUCCCUGGCAAACAUGUCUUGGCAACGACUAUGAAGGCGAUCGUGGGAGCUGUGUGGUACGAUUCGAACCACGAUAUGUGGGAGAUGAGAGAGCUGAUGGACUUGCUUCUGGAGACUAAGUUGGCGAUGUAG